AUGUUAAGAAAUGGCCACGAUCAGCUCCUAAAGGUUGAGACACAUUAUCUCAAAGUGCACAUCAACUGUGAAGGGUGCAAGCAGAAAGUGAGAAAACUUCUUAACAAAAUUGAUGGUGUUUACUCAGUGAACAUAAAGACAGAGAACCAGCUGGUCAUAGUUUCAGGCCGGGUAGAUUCUGCUACUUUAAUCAAGAAAUUGGUCAAGUCUGGUAAACGUGCAGAGCUAUGGUCUCUACGUACCAAGAACAAACGGAAUCAAGAACAACUCAACGCAAACCAACUGCAAUUUCUAGCCAAUGACUUCAGUGACCCUCAAAACCAAUUCAUGUAUCCAGCAUCCUUUGACAAUGAGACUGGUAAUACGAAGAGCUAUGGAGAUUUUUUAAACCAGAAUGUAGAAUUGAAAGCUAUGAAUGUGGGGAGAGGUCAGGAUUUGAAGGCAGCCACAAGAAUGGGAAACUUUUACAUGGAUGACGAUAAUUUUGCUGGUAGUGGCAGAUCAGGGGAUGAUUUUGCAUACAUGAUGGGUCACGCAGAUUAUCAAGGCAGAGGUACUGGUUUUGCUGGAUUAGGAGGCCAUGAAUUUAAUGGGAUACCAACUUAUGAACAGACGUAUCGACCAUCCAUGAUUAUGAGCAACAAGCAGCAAAGGUACCACUACAAUCAUCCAGCCACUGAGAUGCAUAAUAUUUACAUGCAAGAACCGCAUACGGGCAACAAUAUGAUGACAAGUGACAAUUUCAUGUACCAGCCUUACAUGAUAGAUCAUGCAUCUUCAACAACUCCUCCCUAUACUGACUACCACCUUUUCCAUGCAAUGCCAUAUCCUUGCUACUAA